AUGCUCACUGGCAAGGCCCAGUAUCUGGAAGUACAUCUCCCAAGCCCAACGACCGUGUCCUUUGCCGUCGCUACACGUCGACAAGACACCUCAAAGCUCAGAUCUCGACUCCUUAUUUCGCUCCGCCAUGCCUGUCGUAUCAUGCUUGUCUACUACACCUUUCUUGCCAAUCUAGCCAAAGCUCAGCGGACAUUCAGCUUCAGCGUCCUCCACAGCUAUGUUGAUUUCUGUUUGAAGUUUACUUUGGGCAGCAGCCUAGUCAAAUUGGUCGCCGAGCGUCUAGAAUGGUGGAUGCUUGUGCCUCUCAGUCUGCUUGUGGUUUACCUGUGCUUAAGGAGGGACUAUGUCGAGGAAUCACUCCUAGUGCUCCAAUCUUUGGGCAUUCAAACCAGCACAAGCUCGCCCUACUUCUUCGCUGGGCCGACGACGACAUUCAUUCCGACAACACAGAUCCAAGACAUAGUUAUCCACGAAGCGUUCAAGGGUUUGGGAGUCAGGUUCUAUCUGGCCGUCAUCGUUGAAGGAGCCACUGAGGUUGUGGUAGUCUUUCCAAAUCUGCUACCCAGACGCGAGAUCCUCGAGGAAGUCUGGAGAGGCGCGCGGAAAUGUUUGUACUCAGGCAUUCGAUGA